AUGCACGGCGGUCGCAACGAGUUUGAAAGCUUGACCACCAUCGAUGUAUGUGCUCGCUUUAUUGUGACAUGCACCAGUGCGUCCAAGCUGCCGUUGGCGGACCACUUUGGGGAUGUCAUCGACGCCAUGGACGACUUCUGCGACGAGCAAGGGCUCAGUCACGACAAAUACUUUCGGUUUGCAUCGGCCUUUCGCACGGCGCUCACGGACAGGGGGAAGAAACCAUGUUUCUUGACCAAGUCGCUCUCGAAGGAUGUAUUAGAAAUGGUGGGCCAAGUCAGCAGCAAACUCUCGAUCACGACAGUGGCCAGUGACCGCAACCGCAUUUUCGACCUCACCGAGUUGAUCCGCAUGGUGAUUGAUACGAUUCAGACGUGGAUAUUUCGCACGCUCGAGACACUCGGGUCGCAAGCCGACGUGCUGCUGACCAAAGCAGUCGAGACCUUCCGACGAGACCCACCCACCAUGGGGGAAGGAUGUGAUAUCGUAAUAGGUCUGGGCCAACGGUGGGCCGUCAAGCGAUUUCCUCGGCAGACGUGGGCUGGCGCUCCCACAUUGGACAACGUGGACAUGUUUGUGUCCAAGUUCGUUGACGCGUGGGGAGAUGUUGGAAGUGCCUCGCAAGUGGGUUGGCCUUCUUCGUGGUGA